AUGCGUAAGUCUCAUUUCGCUCUGGCGAUCGCCGUGAGCUUGAUUGCUGCCACUAUCGGCACCCCACCGGCUUUCGCGCAGGUCGAGGUGGACGAGCGCCUGCCGGCCUACCAGCCGGCCAAAGGCGUGUCGGGGACGGUCAAGAGCGUUGGCUCGGACACCCUCAACAACUUGAUGACCCUGUGGGCCGAGAAGUUCAAAGAGUUCUACCCCAACGUCCAGGUCGAGAUCGAAGGCAAGGGCUCGUCGACCGCACCGCCGGCCCUGAUCAGCGGCGCCUCCAACUUCGGCCCCAUGUCGCGACCGAUGAAGGACAAGGAGAACGACGAGUUCGAACGCGCCUUCGGCUACAAACCGGUGGGGGUGAAAACCUCGAUCGACAUGCUGGCGGUGUACGUCAACAAGGACAACCCGAUCGCCGACAGUGGCCUGAGCUUGGAGCAGGUCGAUGCCAUGUUCUCCUCGACCCGCAAGGGCGGCCACGCCAGCGAUAUCGCCACCUGGGAACAGGCCGGCGUCAGCGCCUGGGCCAACGCGCCAAUCAGCCUCUACGGCCGCAACUCGGCCUCGGGCACCUACGGCUACUUCAAGAAGCACGCCCUGUUCAAGGGCGACUACAAGAGCUCGGUCAAGGAGCAGCCGGGCUCUAGCUCGGUGGUGCAGGGCAUUGCCAGCGACAAGUACGGCGUUGGCUACAGCGGCAUUGGCUACAAGACCGCCGACGUCGCCGCAGUGGCUCUCUCCAAGGGCGGUGGCAAGGCCGUGCCGCCGACUCCCGAGACCGUCGCCGACUACCCCCUGGCCCGCUUCCUGCUGGUCUACGUCAACAAGGAGCCCGGCAAGGAUCUCGACCCGCUGCGCCGCGAGUUCCUGAAGCUGAUCUUCAGCAAGGAAGGCCAGGAAGUGGUGGUCAAAGACGGCUACUUGCCGGUGACCUACGAGAUCGCCAAGGCGACGCUAGCCGAGGUUGGGAUCGACAUCUAG